GAAAAAGGAAGUUUUAGCUCCCAAUGGAACGGUUAUUGCGAACAAUACGGUGGGCAGUUAAAUUGCUACUCGGGAGUGGGAUGCCUGGCGGUGCGAAGAUGUCAUGAAAAAUGAAUCAACAGCUGAUAGUGAGAUGCAAGGAUUGCUUUCUGCAGUUGCUGGGGAUAGAAUUAUUGACCCACACAUGUAUAAAGUGGGUCGAUCCUCUUCAACCUCCGGCCGGGGAAAGUAAAGAAGCGGAAAAAGCUAGAAGAGAGGAGUACGAUCGAAGAAAAAGAGCAGAAACAGAGAGUAAUAUGCGUAGGAAGAUUAGGGAAAUAAGAAGAGUGGAAGUUAAAAAGCAAGCGUGGUUAGGAAAAGAAGGGUACGACAAACCAAUGCCAAAAGGGGGAGAAGAGGGAAACAAAGUAAUAAUAAAAGAAAAAGAGGAAAUAACUUGGUACGGCCUUCCAACCAAGGAAGAAGUAAAAAAAAGGGCAAGCGAAUUAAAAUUAAAAUGGAAUAAAAUUAAAAUACAGCAGGACAAGGAAAGAGAAGAGAGGGAAACAGAAGGAAUGAAAAGAUUACUAAAACUAAGACAGGAAAGAUACAUCAAUGAUGCUAUAAGGAAGAGGAAGGAAGAAAAACUAGAAAAAGAAAGAAUAAGAAGGGCGACAGAGUAA